CAUCUUCAUAUCGCAGAUGGGAAACUUCUUGUUCGUGAUAAAUUGUUUUAUCCCAAGUUGGCAGAAGAGUUUUCCGCAGACGCGCUUCUGUAACUCGCCCGUGGGGGGACUCCUGAACGGGUACACUUUGUAGGAGCUGACAAUGUUGCAGAUGCCGAGGUUUAUCUCGACGAAACCAGUCGUGGCCAUGGAAUCGAUGAUGGCCAACUGCGUUUUGUUGCAGAGCGUAUAUGCUGUGGAACCUGCAACUAUCGCAGUUAUCAGUAGCAACAGGUACUGGAAACGGGCAAGCGACAUUCUUCGUCCCGAGUUGUUGAAGCUUGAGCAGUAGUUGCAGCUUACGUAGUUCGAUGCCAAUUGGAAAAUGACAAUGCAUGGCACCAGUCGUAAACCAGAACGAAUACAAGUUAAGGCUUGCAUCAUCACGAA